AAAAGAUUUUGAAGCAAAAUACGGUUACAACAAAGUAAAAUAAUUUAUAUAUUAUUAAAUAAAAUGGUACUUCUUGGAGACGAAUUCCCAAAUUUUAAAGCAAAUACAACAAUUGGUGAAAUUCAAUUCCAUGAUUGGCUAGAUAAAAAAUGGGCAAUUUUCUUUUCACAUCCCAGUGAUUACACUCCAGUUUGUACAACUGAAUUGGCUGAAGUUGUAAAUUUAAUGCCAGAAUUUGAGAAACGAAAUUUUAAAGUGAUAGCAUUAUCUUGCGAUUCAGUUGCAAGUCACCUUGGUUGGAUUGAAGAUAUCAAAUCGUACGCAAAAUGUUACAGCGAAGGAUUUCCGUAUCCGAUAAUCGCAGAUGAAAACCGUGAACUAGCUGUACAAUUAGGAAUGAUCGAUCCUUUGGAAAAAGACAAGGAUGGAUUACCAUUAACUGCACGGGCUGUUUUUAUUAUUGAUCCCGAGGCUAAAAUGCGUUUAUCUAUUUUGUACCCGGCAACAACUGGAAGAAAUUUUAGAGAAGUGUUACGUGUUAUGGAUUCUUUAACACUAACUGAGAAAUAUCCUGUUGCUACUCCAGUUAAUUGGAAGCCGGGUGAUAAUGUAAUGAUACUUCCUACAUUAUCUGAAGAAGACGCUCCAUCUUUCUUUGCUAAUAUUUCGACUAUUGCGUUGCCUUCGGAAAAAAAAUACUUGCGUAUGACAAACUGUGAUGGAUUAGUACCAUAAUUUUUAAUCUGUUUUCAAUUUACAUGGCAUUUAUUAUACUUAAGAAUACUUAAUAAAAUUAAUUUUCCAAAGAA